AGUGGGCAGAGACAAGAGUGUUGAUUGGCGGCGCCCUGAAUCGGCUGCGACUUGCAGUGCAGAACCCCGCACGUCUCCCUGCAAGGAGGGGGAGGAAAAUGGCGGGCUUGGCUGGGGCAAUCCAUGAUAAGCCGAUUGAAGCGGCCCACGUCGGCCACAGCCGAUACUUUGCCUGCCUCAAGCCCAAACGGCGUUCCCAUCGUCAUCCCGUCAAGCCGCAUCGUAACCAUCACCCACGGACGGACUCAGAAUGAGACUCACCACCUCAACCGUUCUCGUUUGUCUUUUGUUGGUUCUGGCCGGCCCGCUCGCCGUCAGCGCCAUCGUCCUGGUCGACAGCCGAUGGAUGGCAACGCAGCUUAACUCGGCGCAGUGGACGCUCCCGGCCGGCGCCAACUUCACCCAAGGCUUCAUUGUCCAGCAAUCAGGAACAGCACGCUUCCUGAACAUGCGGGUUGGUGUCUGGAGCCCCAGCACCUUCUCCAUCGACAUUAGCUUCUACACAGCAGCAGUCCCUCCGACACUGCUCUCAACGUGCUCGUAUUCGAACCUGCAGUUUGGCAGCAGCAGCACUGCGGCAACAACCAUUCCUCUGUGCCCCGGCUUGACUCUGACCGCCGGCCAAAGCAUCACCCUUGUCCUCAGCAACCCGUCCAGCAACCUCAACUUCUGGGCUGUGCCAUCGGUCCGCAGUCCCAGCUUUGUACCCGGGGUCGUUCCGGGUCCCAAUGGCGGCACCACGAACAUGAUUUUCUGGAUCGUGCAGUGAGGCCAGCAUCAAGCCUCCACAAUGCCAAUGCGGCACUCACGUUCUCGCCAGGCUUGAUGGAAUUGGGCGCAGGAUGCUUUUGCAAAUCUCGACGCUUUUGUGAAUUUCGGUGCUGUUCAAAGCAGACGACCCAUACUGACUCAAACUACGAUUUGCACACUGUGCAUCCAAGGCUAUACACUCUGCU